AUGCCGGUACUGCCAGGGGACUCGUCUCUCACGGAUCCACUAUGUGCCCACCUAGUUCAGGAUCUCAAAUCAGUCACAUUCAUGACAGAGGCAACCACUGUGACACGCAUCCUAUUCCAGCUCGUCAUUCUGCGUGAGUAUCUUGGGCGGGCCCCGUCGGACGACGACCAGAUAUUCGACCUUGUUCUCAAGCCACAACUCGAUCAAAUUGAAUCCGGUGAAUUCGAUACAACGGCACAGCUGUCCGAUAAUGCGUACUUACACACAGACGAAGAAAUGGCACUCCUCACUCCCCCAGAGCAAUGGGAUGAGAUUAUCUUGGCCGAGCUUGAGCUUCGACCAGCGAAGCUGCUUUACGCAGACGACGAAGAUACCGUCAUGGUAACAAGUGCACCUCCGGUAUCACGCAUCCAGCGCCGUUUGACGGAUGCUGAACGCGCUCUUGGUGCAUGCGCAAAAGGCUCUGGUACCCUGCUGAAGCUAUACAUCGAGGGCAGCCGCGUGAUGUUCACCACAUCCGCUCCACUUCCACCUGAUGCCGAGUUGGUCAAGAUCCUGCCUGAUGCAGAUGGGAAGCCCUACCAAUGGAAGCCAUCCAUAUCGAAGGGACUUUGCCGCAUACCAGUGGACUCGAUGAACUGCUCGCUCCAUUCGCACUCCGUCCCGUCCCUCGUACACCUUCAUUACGGACGGCCAGACAUUGCACACGAACAGCCAGACGACAGUGCUCACGGACAGCUGGACGUUGUGCACGGACAGCCGGACAUCGUGCACGGACAGCAGGAUAUUGCGCACGGACAGCCGGACGGGACUGCGCACGGACAGCUGGACGACAUUGCCCACGGACAGCAGGGUGACGCUGCCCACGGACAGUCAGACGUUGCGCACGGACGGCCGAACACGAGAGCAGAUGGCCGGAUAGGUACAGAUGCAGGGAGAUGGGAGAGCACGGAUGCGGGUGGGCAGGAGAGCGUGAACACGAACUUUGAAGGACAGAAGAGCGCGGAAAGGCAGGAGAAUGUGGAAGCGAAAGGGAAAGGGAGCAUGGAUGCAGGAGGGCAAAGAAACACGCAUAAGAGGCAUCCAGCGAGCCCUGAAUCUCGCGUUGACGAGGGGCUGCAAUAUGCAGAGAGAGAAAGAGGAAUACGCGCCAAUGCGCACUCAGAGAACAUGGAGCGGAAACGAAAAGUAGCGGGGCAGCAAAACGUGGGCGAUGCUUACCGCCGAGACGAGAAGACUGGCCGACUUAUCAAAGUCCCAGUAGACCCAGCGCCGGAAGGGCUGCGGAGGAGCAAGCGAUUUAGGACGGUAUGA